GCGAGCGACCUUGAAAAAAUCAGCAGUCUUAAGCCUAAAGAGAGAGAAACUUGGUAAUUGGAAGCUCCAGCUUGGGAUUCAAGCCUUCAAAAUUUGCAGGGAUAAAGAAAAGGCCAUAUAUGCAAACAUCAUGAAGUUUCAGGUCAAACGGAUAAUUGGAGACGUUAGUCGAGCGACUUGGAAAAAGUUAAUAGUCUCCAAAGCUCUUACUAAGGUCUCUUCCUUUUUGCUAGUUUGUGCAAGCCUUGUUUUGUUUGUUUUUGGUUGUUGUAUUAUUUCAGGUGCCUGGAGUGAUAUAUCAACAUCCUUUAACAACAAAUACAUAGAGAAAAGCACAAAUAAAACUUCCUACCACCCUGCAACAUCUAAGCUUCAGCAGGGCAGCAUGUGCAGGGUGAGAUGCAGCAUGAGGACCUGUCCAAAUGGCUCCAAUCUUUGCAGGGGUUCAGAAAAUAAUGUAUUGACAAGGCCCAAGAAGUUUCAGCCCAAACGGACAAUUGGAGGCGUUAGGCGAGCGACAUUGAAAAUUUCAGCUGCCUUAAGCCUAAAGAGAGGGCUUUUCUUCCAACUUGGGCAAAAAAUCUCCAAACCUUGCAGAACUAAAGAAAGGGCUGUUUGGACAUAUCUCAAGAAGUUUCAACUCAAUCGGUUAAUUGGAGACGUUAGUCGAGCGUCGUUGAAAAUUCUGACAGACUACAAAGCACUCUUGGAGGGCCUUUCCUUUUUGCUAGCUGGUGCAAAUUCUUUUUUGUUUUUGGUUGUUUGUUGUAUUGGUGCAGGUUGCUGGAUUGAUUCAUCAACAUGCAUUGACAACAACUACAUAGAAGACAUCACAGAUACAACCAUCACAUCAAUUAUAAUCUCCAAGACCACUGCACAAGGACCAUCCUGCUGUCUGUUUGGCUAUUUCCUACCUAGGAUUAGAGUAGCCUUUUUCUUUUUCUUUCCUUUCCUUCUACUUCUUGACUGUGCAGGAACUUGUACACAUGCAAAAUAUCAAUCCACAGUUGGAGGGCCUGCAACAACAAGCAGUCGAACACAUCAGCUAAGAAGGAAAGAAGAAGCUGUACACAGGCAAAUCAAACAGCAACAAUGGACCCUUCCAAAGUGCAAGCCACCUUCAGUCAAACUUCUAAGCCAGGGAUGCAUCACCAGCAUUGUGAUUCAGUCCUUCUUCUUCCACAACAACAGCCCCAGCAGCAGUAUCCAACAACUCCAACAACUUCACCCUGCAGCUCAGAAGGACAAUCUACAAUUCUUGCAACAAGAAGCUAUGUACAGGUCCACAAAGAGUCAAGCAGAGGGAGACAACCUUGUACUCAAAGCCCAUCCUGGUUGGCACAUAAGGUACCUUCAAAGGAGCUGAUCAACUCUCCUUUGGAGGCAACAAGAAGCUGCCUACAGGAUUGCAACAGCCCUCACAGCUCCCAUACUUGUUUGUCUCUUUGGUUAAUUGUUGAUGCAGGUACACAAAGUCUCAGAAAAAGGGAGACAACAUCCACAC